UGGUUUGACACCUCUAAGCGACGCCAAUUUUUUCUAGAUUCAGUUCAUUUUUGUUUUGUGUGUUAUUGUUUAUAUAUGUAUGGCACUAUGCCGGAUGUCAUAUGCUGCAAAUGCGGAUCGCUUCCGCAUGGUUUGCCAUAUUGCAUUGGGGGCACUGGGCAAGAAUAUCAUUGCUUUUGCUGUCUGAAACCGCCACCACAAAAGUGCAUUUAUUGCAAUUCGUGGCGGGAUAUAGACCUGUGCGCCAUGCACACUGACUGCGUCCAGGGACAAUAUCAUGUUUUUGUGAGUACCGAGCCGUGGCCGCCAUUUCCAAGCGAAACACCCAACAUACCCGUCAUGCGAGCUCCAACUCCAGAGCUCCUAGUGCCAAUUCGCUUUGAUCCGGAGCAGGAGGUGCCAAUGUCGAGAACAGAGGUUGAAUACAAUGCUGAAAACUUUGCACACGAUCCGGAGGAAACGAUUGUGCUUGACGACGACUGUGCGUCCUCCGAGACUGAGGAUGUGAAACCCCCUCGGAAACCACUACAAGAGCCAGAUUGGUAUUCUGUCCAAGAGAUAAAGCAGUGGUACCGCUGCAUCCGCUGUAAUAAGGAAAAGAAGGCAAUGGCUGGGUGGAUUAAACAUGCCCAGAAGUGCGGGCAAGACCCAAAUAUAAAUGCUAAGAAAUUCUUCAUUUACAACCACAUCAAUGGAUGGUGUAACUACCAGGUGUUGGACUCCCGCUGGGACAUUCAUAGCAGCCCGAAAAUCGGCUCUUGCCGCAUCUGCCGUAACGCACGGGAACAUGGCAAUCCCCUUCCCUACAUGUCAAAGCCACCGACAAGACCCAACGAAAGCAAGCUGGCCGCACAGAGAUUGCGCAACCGACGUAUGAGAAAACAUCGCCGGAUGACACGUCUUUUCAGUCCGUCACGCAAUUUAGAAACAUAAAGAGUCACGCAUCCUCAGCCUUAAUACUUAAGAUAGUUUAAGACCACCAAUGUGAGUAUAAUUCCAAAUUGUGAUCUCACAAACGUACAAAAUAUCCAAAGAACGACGAACUUGCCAUGCUGUUUCACGCAUCCUUGGCACACCGAAAGCCCAGAUUCCCGGCCGAGCUGUCCUCGGUGUUUUGCGAACGGGCCGCACAGCGGUAGCGGAAGCAGUAGGACUUGUGACACAAGUAUGAGCCGCCCUUUUUCACGCGAUUUGGACUCUCGCCGACGUCGUUCGUGUCCCACAAGUCCGCAGUCCAUUCCCAGACAUUGCCCACCAUAUUGUAGAGGUCGUACACAUUCUGGCGGAACCUGUCCACCGGGCAGGUGCCCUCGUAUCCAUCGUCAGCCGUGUUGCCAUCUGGAAAGUCACCCUGCCAGAUGUUCAGCCAGUGCUGCUCCUUGGGCAUCAGCUUGUUGCCCCACGGAAAGAGUUUGCGUUGCUUGCCCCCUCGGCAGGCCGCCUCCCACUCUGCUUCGCUGGGCAGACGCUUACCGGCCCAGGUGCAGUAGGCAACAGCAUCGCGCCAGGACACAUGCACCACGGGAUGCUGCUCGAGACCUACGUACAAACGGAAACAGAUGACAUCAAGAUGGCUGAAAGUUAAUAAUUUAAGACUUCACCGUUCAGGUUGGUGUCGACGCCGUUGGGAUUUCGCCAGCCAACACCACUGACCUUGUACCACCAGGGCGCACUAGCCACGCGGUAGUCCUCGAGACGCUUCUGCUCUGCCGCACUGAGCAGUGUCUUGAACAGGAAGCUAUCGCCAAACCGUUCCGCUUCAGUCGUGUAGUUGGUGGCCGACACAAACUCCUCAAACUUGGCGUUGGACACUUCGUGCUUGUCCAAGUAGAAGUCCUUCAGUUUAACCAAACGCUCGGGCGACUCCCGGUCCGCCUGGAAGUGAGGGUUGUCGGUGCCAAUGUGUACGCUUCCACCGGGUAUCAGAGACAUGCCCUCGAUCUCGGGCUCCGGCUCAGCAUAGUAGUCACGAUAGUGCUUGUUCGUAUUUCGAGCCUGUUGCUGGCACACUUGAUCCGACGCCUCCACGACAGUCGCGUCUCUGUCCAGCUUGUUGCAGCCGCAGUCGCCAUUAAUGCCAGUAAGGAAAAUGAUCAGGAGCAGGCCAUGAAAUGAUGCUAAUGUUUUCAUUUUUAUGGAAUUUCCACUGUAUCGAUAUGUACGCGAUAUAUUUGGAUAUACCAAACCAUCGAUUAUUCAAAAUACUAGACGCUGAGACAGAUACCACAUCUCUGGCAUCUGCAGUAAAUUUAAACGAAUAACGGAAUUGGCCAUAGACGAAGUAGACUAAAUUUUUUUUUUUGUAAUUAAUGUUUAAUUUUUGUAUAAUUGUACGAAACAAGUAUGUGAACGAGCUCAAUGGGUAUGUGGAAAAUAAAGAUAAAAACAAUUUGCCCAGAGAAAUCAUCUGCAGCAGCAGGUC